CGGCAGCAUGGCGGGGGCGGCCGUGCUGCCCGUGGCCGUGUUCGGCUGCCGGCCGCGGGUGGCCGGCGGUGUCUGCUUCUUGGAGGAGCGGGUGGUGCUGCACGCCGCGGGGGCGGGCUGCCUGCGGCUGCACCUCGAGCACAAGUGGCACAACUUCAUCUCAGGCACGGAGAAGAGCCGGGGCGUUCAGGCGCUGGCCGUCAGCACCAGCCGGCGGUUCCUGGCGCUGUCGGAGGCGGCGGGGGAGCAGCCGGUGCUGGCGGUCUAUGAGCUGGCGGCGGAGCGGGCGCGGCGGCGGAGGGUGCUGGCCGCCGCCGAGCUGCCGGCGCGGCAGGUGGUGUCCCUCGCCUUCUCCCCCGACAGCCAGUUCCUGGCGGCCGCCACGGCCCCCCCCGAGGGACACCUCACCUUCUGGCUGUGGGAGAAGCAGCAGCUGGCGGCGUCCGUCCGCGUCCCGGCCGCGGGCGAUGGCCCCUGCCAGGUGAGCUUUAAUCCUCAAGACAAUACCCAGGUUUGUAUCACUGGAAAUGGCUUUUUUAAACUUUUCAAGUAUAGUGAAGGAUAUUUAAAGCAGAUGAAUUUACAAAGGGGAGAGCCAGAAAACUACUUGUGCCAUGCCUGGCUGUCCGAGGAGGAAGUUAUAUGUGGCACUGAUAAAGGCAAACUUAGCUUGUUUGAAACUGGACGGCUGCACUGGGAAAUGAGUUUGGAGUACAGAAAACCACCCAAGGAACUAAAAGAAGUUACAACAACAAAAGAAUAUGAGAGUGGCCUGGCCUUUGAAGAUAAUGGUUUACAACAGCAUUCUCUGCCUCAAAUAUCUGCAGUUGCAGCAUAUUCCAAAGGGUUUGCAUGUUCACCUAGCCCAGGAGUUGUUCUUCUGUUUGAGAAGAACGAGGAAAAGGAGGGCUAUGAGGAGAGUCAAGAAGUCUGGCUUCCUCAGGACCUGUUCAGCACUGAGCCAAAAAAGUCAGGCAGACAGGACAUUACAUGUAUAUGCUUCAGCCCCUCUGAGGAAACGAUGGUCGUUAGCACAAAUAAAAAUCAGCUCUACAUGUUUACCAUGUUCUCCACCAAACUUAUAAGGGAGAAGACAUCUUAUUUUGCAUAUAUGAAUUUCUCAUUGCAUUCUAAUUCAAUCACUGGUCUGGACAUGUGUACUUGGAAACCCAUUCUUGCUACGUGUUCCCUGGAUAGAUCUGUUCGCAUCUGGAAUUACAAGACGAACACUUUGGAGCUGUGUAAGGAGUAUCAGGAGGAAGCAUACACAGUAUCACUUCAUCCCACUGGCCUUUUCUGUUUGGUUGGGUUUUUUGACAAACUACGAUUCAUAAGUCUGCUGUACGAGGACAUGCGUAUUUUCAAGGAGUUUGCUGUGAAAAAAUGUAGAGAGUGCUCAUUCAGUAAUGGAGGCCAUCUUUUUGCUGCAGUUAAUGGAAAUGUGAUUCAAAUUUAUUCCAGCAUCACCUUUGAGAAUGUUACUAAUCUGAAAGGACAUACUGGGAAGGUUCAUGCAAUUAAAUGGAGUGCAGAUGACACUAAAUUUGUCUCCUGUGACACACAUGGUGCUGUGUAUGAGUGGAACUUGUUGACAGGUAAAAAGGAGUCAGAAUGUGUGCUCAAGACCUGCAUCUACAGCAGCAUUUCCCUGACUUAUGAUGCCAAAAUUAUCUUUGCUGUUGGAUCUGACCAAACUCUCAAAGAGAUUUCGGAGUCUUCGAUCCAGCAAGAAGUGCCUGCUUAUGAUGUUGUUUAUACGACUGUCGCUGUCUCUCGUUCCGGGAGCAUGAUAUUUGUUGGUACAUCCCUGGGGACAAUUCGAGCUAUGAAGUACCCAUUAACUCUGAAGAAGGGUUUCAAUGAGUACCAGGCCCAUGCAGGUGCUGUUACAAAGAUGACAAUAACAAAUGAUGACCAAUUUCUACUGACUGCUUCAGAGGAUGGCUGUAUAUUUAUCUGGAAAGUGCAUGAUAAAGAAGGUGGGGGACUGAAAGGGGAACAGGAACUUCAGUAUGCUGAGGAAGUGUUGAUCAUGAGAUCAGAUAUAGACGAGAAGACUCAGGCAAUACUAGACCUGCAGAUUUGUGUGAAAGAUCUGCAGACAGAAAGUGAUUACGAGCUACGUCUCAAGGACAUGUACUGUGAAGGAAAAAUAAAAGCAUUGGAAGAGAAUUUCGCUCAGGAAGUAGACUCCCUUAAAACCAAACACCAGAUUUUACAGGAAGAGAAAGAAAAACAGGAGCUACAACACCAGGUUCAACUGUCUGAGCUGAUGGAUCAACAGGCUAGGGAGGUGCAACGGCUAGAAUCUGACAGUAGUCAGAAACUCUUAAUGGAAAAUGAGAAAUACCAGGAGCUGCAGGUGAAAUCCCAGAAUAUGGAGGAGGAAUACGAGAAACAAUUGCACAAUUUGGAGGAAAGCAAAAGCAAGGCUGUGGCAGAGUUAAAAGAACAUUAUGAGAAAAAACUUAAAGAUAAAGCUGUUCUGCUGGAAGAGGCAAAGAAGAAUAUGAAGAAGCAGAUUCAAGCACAAGAAGAAAUGGAGAAACAAAUUUAUGAAGAUGCAGACAAAGAAAUCUUGGAAAUCAAAGACAAGUAUGAGAGAGAGCUCUUGGAAGAAAAGGAGUCCAACAUACAACUGAAAGGAGAAAUAGGAGUCUUGAAUAAAAGGUUGAACAGCCUACAGAAAGAGCUCAAGGACCGAAACAGGGAUAUUGAGGAAAUGAGACUGGAACAGCAGAAGCUGCAAGACAUCAUUAAAUCACUGGAGAAGGAAAUCACGGCACUAAAGACAGAGGUUAAAGAGAGAACAGACACUAUCCUAGAGAAGGAGAAGCAUAUAUAUGAUCUAAAAAUGAAAAAUCAGGAACUGCAAAAUUUCAAGUUUGUGCUGAGUUACAGAAUAGAGGAGUUUAAGAAGCAAAUAGAGUCACGUGAAAAUCAUAUUGAGACAAUGAAGAAACAGAUCGAUGAGAUGGAGGAUGAGCUGGAACAAUUCCGCAAGGAGAGCACAGAGCUGAAGAUGAACAUCACACAACUGCAACAGAAACAGAAAGCAACUGCUCGUGAGGUGCACAGAGAGAUGGAGAAGAAGCAAAAUAUGGAAACCCUCAUCAAACGAUUUAAGUCAGAUCUUCAUAAUUGUGUGAGCUUCAUUGAUGAUUCCAAAAAAAUGAAAGAUCGUAUCCGUGAACUCUACACCAAGUACGUGCAUCAAUCAGACCUGGUGGAGGUUCAAGCAGUAAAUGCAGAUUUGCAGCAGCAGUACGAGAAACAGCAAGAGUAUCACGAGAGGAAUUUGGCAGUUUUAAGGAAGAGGGUGAUGAAGGAUAAGGAAAUGCAGCACACUGCUUACAUGCGCAUCUUGCAGGAAAAUGUGAGUCUGAUUAAGGAAAUCAAUGACUUGCGGCAAGAACUAAGGGUGGCCCAUGCCCAAGUGCACGACCUCCGGUCAGCACUGAAAUUAAACAAGGACAAAAAGGCAAUUGAAGACACAGCUCCCUCCAGUGAACUUCUGUCCAGCCCAGCUGUCCUAAGGUUGAAUCCAGAGAUGGAAAGUGAAAAAAUCAUAGAAAUGCAGCAGCUAGAAAUUCAAUAUCUGCGAGACCAAAUCCAGGAGAAGGGACAAGUCGUGAACUGUCCAGGUUCAGUCUCUCUUGGUCAGAAAUCUUCCUGAACUGAAUCUGGAAAGACACCACAAGACAGAGCAACACUGAUGUGGUUCAAGGAUGCCUUAUUAUAUCCUCCUGGCAAGAUCAGAAAUGCAACAGCAUAGAUUAGACUUACAUGGUCCUACACUCUUCCAGUAGAAGCAUUUGUGCAGCAAUCAGUGUUCUGAACACUUCUUCUACUUUCCUGAAAUCUGCCCUUUUCAUGACUUGGGAGCCAAGAGAAAAAAAAAAUUUGUGUUAGUGUAAAACUAAUCUUUGUGCCUUCAUGCUAGGUACUCAUCUUUCUCUUGAAAACUAAUGUGUCCUAAUUCAGAAGAGCUGGUCAAACUGUAAGCCUUUUCUGCUAGAAUUCUAGUUUGGUGUAAUUGUGCUGCAAAAUUCAACAUCAGCCUUUUAUUUUCCAGUAUUAAAUUGUCCAUGUCCAUACAAAGGACUGCUGCUCUUAAGACAGAUGUCAUUGUUAUUCCAAGCAGGUAUCCAGUCACAGAUUAACAACCCUUGUGAGGGCAACCUUUGACUCAAGUACCCCCGGGCUAGAACCCUUGCUCAAGCAUCUGCCUCCUGUCUAGAGAUGUGUUGCCUCAUCUGCUACAAUAAUUUCAGCAGGACAAAAAAAGUCAGCCCAGUUUCAGGCUCCCAAAAUCUGGAAUGAAGUUGAAAUCUUAUGUCAUAACUCCUAUAACUUUGAUUAAUUGAUUUUUGUUUGUCUUUUUUCCAACAUCCACAAUCCCUUUAGUUCAGUUUUUCAGUGAAAUUCUCCUAAUAAGUCACUCUGCAAAGUACUCAUACACAGAAAAAGGCAGGGAGUCAUUUCUUUAAUAAUGAGGGGGGGAAAUCCCCUAUAUUUUUCAUCUUUUGUUGUCAGUGCAUGGCACGCUGUCCCACUGAGGAGUAUUUCACAUAUAUCAGAAGUUUAAGCUACUGGUUGAGCAUGGAAUGAUAUGGUACUGUAACAGCCAGUACAUCACUGGUUCAUUUCCUAUCCUGAAUUGUGGAAAAGUGAUGAGUGCUUUUAUAUAGUUCUAAUAAUACUAUACAGAAGAAGGUGGUGCCAGGGCUGGGUAACAUGUAAGCUGCAUUGCCAUCAGGAAUACUAGACUCAUUUCCAGGGUAAUACCAUGGCAAAAUAGAUGGUUCCGUGAGCUCCAAUGACUUUGGAGAUUUCAGCUGAGUGCUUUGUCCCUGAAUGUGGAAUUAAGUUUCUUUAGUCUAUUUUUUUUUUUUCCAUUUUGCAUCUUUAAACUGUAUGGAGCAUAGGUUUCACAGGAGCAAAAGGAAGAAGUUAAUAGUUUGUUAAUGGGCUAGCUUUACACCCUUUCUUCCUCCUCCCCUCCCCAUAUAAUCAUCUUGAUACUUCCUGUACAGAAAGAGGAUGUAAUUAAUGUAAUUAGUAAAUAUUUUAGAAACUAGUUCCCUCUAAAAUUUUCAGGACACACCCAUUUUAAUUUGCUAGGCUCUGGUGUGGUAUAAUUUUCCCCUCUCUCUGUCAGGACAAAUUGAGUGCUAGAAUCAUACAACACACUGUUUUAAUAGUUGUGGUUUAGAGAACUGCAAUCAACCUCUCUGAAAAAGAAGAAUCUUUUCCUAAUAUGCAUAUACAGGUAGAAAAUUAUUUCUAAAUGGUGACUGGUAAGCUUAAAAAUAUGCCCCUAUGUCACUCUUGUUAGAAAAAUUUUAAAGGCAAUACAAAGCCUGUCAGAUGAAGCCCAGAUAGCUUCAGCUGCCAGACUAGGCUGAAGAGGAUUUUGAACUUGAUCUUAGUGGCUAACGGGCAGCUAAAACAGUGCUCAUACAGGGGAGCAUUAAACAUCAGGCACAGCAGAGUGUUACAACUAAAGUUCAUCAGACCUGCUCGAAGCAAAAUAGAUGUACAAGCCCCUCCUAUACUGAGAAAAUCAGACCAAGGUCAAACUUCCAUGCAUAUACUCUAUAAACGUUUUAUAAUUAAGUUGUAACUGGAUUAUGGUUUGUGUGCUAAUGGUCUUCUAAAUUCUCUCAGGGUGCAAAAACAUUUUCCCCUUUCAUUCUCUCUUGAUUUGCAUUGUUAUGUUUCUCCUUUUGGUACCUCCCUAAAGGAGCUGGUAAGCAUCUCAUGCUCUUAUAAAUCUACAGCCCACUAUUUGAAAUGAGUGUAUGGCUAUCUGAAUAAGGUUUCCCCUUAGAUGAUUUCUUUGCUAACUAGGCCAACUAAAAGACCAGGUUUUUCUGUAUAGGGUCAAGCUCAUUGUUCAAAGGUGUUUGUAUAGUAAAACCCAUCACAUUCCAUUUGGUUUUUUUAUGUUUGGGACAACAACCUUUGGACUGAUGAUAUUUUACAAGUCUCAAAAGAUCUAUCACAUUUUUCUCAGACAAAUUCCUGAAGCUGUCACACUAUUUGGUUUCUAUUUGAUUAGCAUAUCCUAAGCUUCCCUUCUCAUAGCCUGAUAAAAAGCAAGCACGUGACUUAAAAACUGAGCCUCCCUUUCCAUUAGCCAGGCAAGAGCUGUUGUUCAGUCCCAUUCUCUUCUUCCUGCAUUUCCCUGGAGAUUUUCCAGCUGCUCGGACUAACGGUAAUGAUCCCUUCUGCUAUCAUGAAACCCAGCCAGAAAGGAGGGGACAUUCCCCUACGAACUUCAACAUUCCUGCUACUCCCUUUUUUAAUUCUUCAACUCUCGAAUGAAUCCUUUUCUGUUUCCCUAAUUCCUCUCAAAAUUACUCUUUU